AUGAAUCAUCUCCACCAAGCAAUGAAGGGAUCUAAAAUGUUUGAAUUUCUUUUCUUGAUAGUUGUAGGCAGAAAAAGAGAUGGAAGAUACAUACAACAAGAACUACUAAAGCGCUUACAAAUCAAACCGAAAAAGUUCAGUGAUGAAGAAAGAAAGAGCAUUAUUCAUGAACAGCUGAAGAACAGGAGCUAUUUAUUGUUACUUGAUGAAGUAUUUUCCAAGAUUGAUUUGGAACAAAUUGGCAUUAAUGAUGAACAUAAAGGAAAGAUUGUCUUUGCCUCCAGGUAUUUAGAUGUUUGUGAGCAGGCAGAUGAACAAAUUGAAGUAAAGAGAUUGUCAGACAUGGAUGCACAAAAUAUGUUUUGGGAGAAAGUGGGCAUGCAUUUGAAGGAUAAUCCACACAUCAAGAGAGAGGCAAAAUUGAUUAUCAAGUUCUGCAGUGGCAAUCCACACUUGAUAAAGUUGAUAGGAAACCACCUGGCAACUAAAGCGAGAGUUCCUACAACAAGUGGGACAGAUCCUGCAAUAUGGCGGAACACAUUGCAUGAAUUAAGAUCACCAACUGGGGAACCAAAACAAGAUUUGGAAGAAGUUUACAAGUCCCUUGAACUUGAAGUCGACAGGCUACAACCAGAUGAGAAGUCUUGUUUUUUAUAUUUGGCUAUAUUUCCAACUGGUCAUGAACUUCAUCGGGAUUACAUAAUUGAGUGUUGGAGAGCAGAACAGUUUUUGAAGCGCUUCGAAAAGCUUGGGGAGGCACGUGAUCGUGGGAAUGAGAUUGUUAGGGCAAGGGUCUAUGUAAGGAACAGGAGCAAGAAGAAGGGGACAGCAAGAGAGGUCCCUGGGGACCAGCAGACUGGAGCAGAAGCCAUAGGCCAACUUCAGCUGAAAACAAAAACAGCUAGCGUGCGCCAGAAGCCAGAGGAAACUAUAAAGGUACCCAAAGCUGAUGUGGCAAGGGAAGAGCGGGAAAGCAACAUUGAGGAGCUUGAUAUAAAAGGAGAGGAGGAAAGAAAUGGAGGCUAG